CCGACGCAACUCCCCUUUAUCUCCCUUUGGUUCGUUGACGAUUCGCUCAAUUCGAUUCGCCUCAUAAACACUUCGCCAAGAUGAUUCAUGAAAUUGUCCUCCAGCUCUUCGCCGCUGUUUUCACGGCACUCAAGCGCAACCUGGCGCUUCUCAUUGCCGGCUUCUUCGCCUACCAGCUUGGCCGCCGAGUCAUCCGCUAUGUCAACUCUCCGAUGAGACGGCAGGGUGUCCCAGGUCCCUUCCUUGCCGGAUUCACCUGCUGGUACCGCGCAUAUUACGCCAACGUCCGCCGCAACUGGCACGCGAAGCUGAUCGAGCUCCAUAAGCAGUACGGCACGAUUGUAUGGAUCUCACCGGACGAGGUCUCCAUCUCGGAUCCGAUGCUGCGUGGCACGCUCUACAGCUUUGCCGACGAGCGCAAGGAAGAGAGCUUCUUCCUCAAAGCCAAGUCGUUCCAGACCGGACUGUUCAAUGAGGACUUCAACUUUGUCUUCGAGACGGACCCGGCCAGGGCUAGGUUGGGCAAGUAUGCGCUUUCGCACCCGUACUCGGAGAAGGGACUCUCCAAGCUCGAGCAUCACUUUGAUGAGGCUGUCGAUGCGUUCACCCAAGGUUUCAAGCAGCACGUGGUCGCCGAAGGAAAAGUUGCCUGCUUGAACCACUGGACUCACUUCUUCAUGUUCGAUCUGGCCACACUCCUGAUGAGUGGCUACUCGAACGGACUGUGCGCCGCGGGCUCGGACCAAGACGGUGCGAUCGGUGCCCUUCGUGUGAUCUUCAACGUGGUCGGAUCGUUGGUUCCCAUCCCGUUCGCCCUUGACAUCACCACCCGUUACAUCAGGAAGUGUGUUCUGAACAGCCAGCUCGAGCAUCUGUUCCGUUGGAGUCUGGGGUACAGCAAGGGAGAGUCCCACAAGAACGAGCGCAUCAACGAGAUUGCCGAUCAUCUUCCAGAUAAUCUAAUGUCCAAGUUCCGUGCCGGCGAGAAGAAGAUCCGGAAGUUGUUUCCUCAGGGAAACUGGACGGAGGGAAUCACCAAUAAUGUGUUUUUCAUAUACGCCGGUUCCAUGGUUGCAUCCAGCGCGCUGCCCGCCGUUGUCAAACUCAUCUAUUCGCAUCCGGAAGUCCUUGCCAAGAUCCGCGAGGAGCUUGCCACCAUUUCCGUCCCGGUCAAGCUUGAGGAUGCCACGCACCAGCUUGGAGAGUGUCGCGUCCCCUACCUGGAGGCAGCCAUCUUGGAAGCUUUGCGUCUGAGCCCCACCUUCGGUCUCUCACUCGGCCGCCAGGUGCCGCAGAUCGGCUGCCGGCUGAACGACUUCUUCAUUCCUUCUGGCUACGUCGUCUCGAUGUCCGGCUGGCCUACAAACAUCAACAAGGAAUACUUCGGCGAAGAUGCGGAGGAGUACAAGCCCGAGCGCUGGUUGGGCAACCACCCCACCGAGAUCGCGAAGGAUGGAACAGGACUGCCUAGAACCAUGAGGAACUACCUCGAGGCUGGAUGGAUAACCUGGGGAGCUGGAUCGAGGGUGUGCAUUGGCCGUCACCUGAGCACCACGGCUUUCAUCAAGUUCAUCUCCAACAUGGUCCGUGAGUUUGAUGUCGAGAUCGUCAGCCCCGGAUAUCUCUGGUACGGUCUGAUUCAGCACAUGGAGGAGCUGAUGGUCUCAGCCAAGCUGCACGAGGAGAAGGAAGUGGAGGAGGCGGACACUACUCUGGCGAUGGCUACCAUCGACGAAAGACUCGUUCCUGAGGCGCUUGUGGUUGAAGCCUGUUAGACGGAAUACGGGUUUUCGGAGAAGAAAGUUUGAAUUUGCUUGAAUAAUUAGUCGGUACAUAGGUUGUCUCGGUGAAACUGCUAAUUUUUUCUCUUCCUUGUCUUUGUUGUGU